AUGGCAGUGGCUGGCAAGUUCGAACCCUUUCUCGAGGACGGAGACGAGGAUUUCGAAUCGUACAUCGAGCGGUUCGAGCACUUCCUUCGGGCGACCCAGGUGAGCGACGACCUCAAAGUUUCGGUGUUGAUUACCGCUAUUGGGAAGAAAACCUAUCGCACGCUUAAAAAUCUACUAGCUCCCACGAAGCCCGAGGAGAAAGAAUAUUCGCAACUAAUUCAAGCCCUCAAGAAGCAUUAUGCUCCGGAACCCAUGGUCAUAGCGGAACGUUUCCGAUUCAACCGCCGGAUUCAGCAGGACACAGAACCGGUGGCGGGCUUUGCGUUGGAAUUGAAGAGUCUGGCUGCCUCCUGCAAUUUCGGGGCAUUUUUGGAUGAAGCUUUGCGGGACCGUUUCGUUGCCGGGCUGAAAGACGAGAUAACGCAAGCAGAGCUUCUGAAGAGGGCCACACUGACGUUUGCAGAGGCGUGCGAACUAGCUCGAAGUAUUGAACUAGCCCGUUCCGAGACGAAGAAAUUCCAGCCGGAGGGGCAAGAACUGGGUGUCCACGCCGUACAACGACAAACUCUGGAGUUCAAGGUCGGGACAGCCGCGGGGAGACUACAUGGAAACCAGAGCAGCGAAAGAAACAACCGGUUGGGCUUGUUACCGCUGCGGAGCCACCUCCCACACCGACGAAAGGUGCCCGUUCAGGAAAUACUGCUGCCGCGCCUGCAAACGAGUGGGUCACUUGGCAAGAGUGUGCCGGUCGUCCGGCAGCACAGCGCACUAUGCGGAGGACAGUAG